AAUUUCAAAGGCCCCAAACCCAAAGAAGAUUUAGGGUUUUGCCUCCUACAUUUAUACAAACCCUUUCUUCCUUACUCACUUUCUGCUGCUCUACAUUUGCCGUCGCGCUUACCUUGCUUCUCGCUUUCUCUCUCCUCUCCCGACCUCUCUCAGGUAAACAGCAGAAGGUAGCAGCAACCAUGGCGUACCCAAUUAAGCCCAACAAGCCUGGGAUGGAGGAAACCCAGGAGCCCACUCACAAGAUCAGAAUCACUCUUUCUUCUAAGGAUGUCAAGAAUCUCGAGAAAGUGUGUGCUGAUCUUGUACGUGGUGCUAAGGACAAGCGUCUUCGCGUCAAGGGACCAGUAAGGAUGCCCACCAAGGUUCUGAAGAUUACAACAAGGAAAUCUCCAUGUGGUGAAGGAACAAACACUUGGGACAGAUUCGAGUUGCGUGUCCACAAGAGAGUCAUCGACCUCUUCAGCUCCCCCGAUGUGGUCAAGCAGAUCACUUCAAUCACCAUUGAACCCGGUGUUGAGGUUGAGGUUACAAUUGCAGACUCUUAGAUGUCCUGCAAUGUUAUGUUUUAGGGCUUUUGUAGUUGUCCCUAUAUAUAGUGGUGCUCCUACUUACUCGGAAUUUCGGAGAUAACUGAAAUUGUUUGUUGGAAGAGAGAUAUUUUCAUUUAGUUAUUAAUGUUAUCCUGUUUUCAUUGAA